UGUAACGUGAUCUUCUUGGGGACUUUGAACUGCCCGUUUAUAACUGAUUCCGCCUAAUGUUACUUUUUCUUCCUGUUGAAUUUAUAUUAAUUAGGAGUUGACGGAACCACCGCUGUUGAUACUACGAUAUAUUCGAUCUGAUGGCCCCGCGCUAGCAAUGGCUCUUCAAGACACACGGGGAAUGAUCACCGUACACUCCCCGAACUUGGUGGAGACCCUUCGAAUCGAUCGCGACGAUCACAUUUACACGACGAUGGUCAAGAAGGGAAGUAAGCAACGGUUGCUUGCAAAGCGACCAUGGUCCACACCAAUUCCAAGUCGCUCAUUGACGUCAAUUUCAUCAAGGGUGUCGACUAGUGGAUCAUCAGUUAGAUCAACAGAUCAGAUGACUAAGAUACAAAACUGGAUUAGUGAGAAGUCUGUCAGACACAUACAGGAAAAAGCUGAUCCAGAACGGCUUGAAACCAAGAAGCUGUACAUGUCAUUACUCGAUGAAGAAGAUGGCUUUGUCAAGGAUAUUGACGAGUUUGUUACAAACAAAGAUUACUUAGAUUUACGUAAAAAGGAGAUGCUUCAUAAAAAAUGGAGUGAGAGAGUUUAUGAGCCGUUACAAAAACAGAUAUACCGAGAGAUGAAAGUGCAGUAUCCGGGGGUAGAAAGCAGAAAACGAAAUUUACAUGAUAACUAUGUUGAUUAUUGCAAUAGGCGGCCUGUGUUUUUAGAUACCAUGUCCAAGAAUGAUUACAAUCCCUUAGAAUUACAAAAUCCCAGACCAGCCCCCAUAAUAGCCACAACAGAGGAAUUAGAAGACCCACUUAUAGCACAAGAGAAAGUACGAAAUGAAGAAGACAAAGCUGUGGUGAGGUGUAUGACAGGUAAAUCUUUAUCAGAUAAAGAAAUAGAACAAUACCGUCUACCGCCACUUCCGUUAGUUCCCCUGGGACGGCACGGCACAGAAUGCAGUUCGUGGCUAGCUAUGAAGCUGCACGAUAUUGAUAGCGACAGCAGAGUACAAAGCAGGCGGAGAAUGAAAAGCAACUUCAACGACUCGCAGUACGACUCUGAGGAAUGGAGCAACAUGCCCUUUGACCCCAAGAUAGUUGACGAAGAAAUGCAAUGCCAGAAGAAGCGCAUGUACAGCAUCUAUCCAUGGGCAAACCCGCCGACAUGUUCGCCAAAUAGGUGGAAUCUGGAACCAGUCUCCUUUCCCACCAUGUCUGGUAAGCCACGAUAUUUAUGUUUCCAUACUUUGAGUCGGCAACAAAUUGCCAGCGUACGCCAGCAGCUAUUAUUAGAAAGAGAGCGAUACGCUGACAAAAUGGAUUCCCGUGACUGUUUCCGGAGAAUGGUUGCUAAGAGUCAGGAUAGUAAACCAGAAAUGCACGGAUUACAUCAAGACAACACUGAGGCACUGAGCCAUAUUCCCGCUAACGACAGAAGUCGCGACGUCACGCCGCUUGCAGGACCGCACCAUGCGGCGAAACAUACGAGUGAAAAACACCCUGAAAACAAAUCAUCGAAUCCACACAUUGACGCUGAAGCAAUUUCAGUUCCAUGGCUUUCAAAUAACGUAAAGAUUGCGCCGAAAAAGGAAAUAUUAGAAGAAAAAAAUAGGAAAGCAAUGGCGGCGUUUGAGAGAAUUUGCAAACUAUCUUCAAGCCAUGCUGCUGCUAAGAGCAAGAGUGACAGCCUAGCGUCAUAUCACAUGAAACUGAAAACUGGCAGUUAUCAGAAGAACAUUUCAACUAAUCAACCCCGCGAAGUAAUCUCUAUUCCAAGGCGAUUUGAUAAGACAUGUACUGUAAACACUACAUCCAAAAAAGAAACACCACCGGAAGAGAAAAAGACGAAACCAAUGACGGCGUUUGCGAAAAUGCGAGCCAAAUUAAUGGGCUCAACAGUUCCUCAGAAAGUGGAAGUGACGAACACGACGUUGACAACGAAUUAUCCCGUGACACCAGUUAAAAGGCCAAGAGAGGCCGAUGAAAGUGAUGUAGCAAUCAAAACGAAAUCAAAGAGAAUAAGAAUAGGUUAG